AUGAAUAAGUAUUACGAGGUUUUACUUGAUUGCUAUACUGAUUUCCGGGAUACUAUAGACCCCAGAAUUAUACAAGGAGAGCUCGUACAGCAAAGACUUAUCACACCGAAACAGAUGGAAGAAAGCAUCAUGAGUUCUGUUCGCGCACAAUGUUGUGAAAAUCUUUUGAACGAAUUUCUGAAAAUGCCGGAUAAAAUAAAAUCUUUCUUGGAAAUUCUGGAGAAAGACCAUGGCUUCUUAGUGGAAAAGUUUUAUUCCAAGUCUCUUAAAAAAUUUGGUUCGGAAAGCAUACAAGAACCAGGGAAAUUAAAGAUUUUCACGAAAUAUAGACGAGAAAAUUCUGUUCCUUUACGACAUCAACUAAAAUUAUUGUCACAUAAAGGGAAAAUACAAAAAUUUAAUUCAUUGAUCAAGUUUUGGGCAGAUAAGUGGGAGUCGGAAAUACCUUACAUUAGAAACAAUAGUGAAAAUACAAAAGAACUUCGACACUUGGCAGAUAUGUAUUUCAUGACUUUGGAUGCUCAGCUUGAACAUCGUCGAGUAAUUUGUGAUCGCACGCUUAUCAAAGAUGAACUUCUUUUCACCAAAGUCAAAAACGUCUCGGCCAUGACUUCUGAACCAUAUCUGUCAUACAUGAUGUACUUUGCCAGACAUGGCUCCGCAAAACUUUUAGCGGGGAUGUCACUGGAUGAAAGUAUAUAUGAAGUUGAAGAGGCCUUGAGCCGUUUUGAAGUAAUACCGGGGUGUCGAGAAACUGGAAUUGUGCUAUACAUUUACUUUAACAUGUUAUCUAGUAAAUAUGAAAAAGAACCUACAGAACAAGAAAGAAAAACGCUACUGAAAAUAGCCAGUGAAGCAAUUAAUCAUUUUGGGAGAGAAGAUGUAAAUAUGGCCGAAGACUUUAAAAGAAUGGUUUUGACAAAAAUUGCCCUUGUAAACCUUGGCAUUGGAGUUUUCGGGAAUCAGAUACCAGAAAUUAUUGUUACUAAUGAAAACAAAGUAAAGGCCAGUAAAAUUCUUAAGAAAAUACGGGAGAAAUAUUGGGAUAAAAUGGAAGUUAGGUGGAAAAUGUUUUUCUUUAUUGCAAAAACAAGAGUUUAUGACUUAGAUGGAGACAUUUCAAAUGCAUUUUACUGCAUAACUAAAGCAUUGGUAUUUUCACUUCAAGGAAACUUUAAAGGGGAAGGGCUUAACAUUGAGAAAAAAUAUGUUCAGUUAUUCUGUCAAAAGAAAAAAGCUCUUAGGGACAAAAUUUCUCAAAAAGAACUUGACCUUACUCAAGAUAACGUAUAA